GUUCUUGAUCUUCACCAGAAUAGACUGUCAUCUCUUCCAGAUGACAUCGGUGAGCUGGCCACCUUACAGGUACUAAACCUGGAAAACAACAAGCUGACCAGCCUGCCUGAGGCUGUCAGUAGGCUGCAAGCUCUGCAAACCCUCAACUGCAGAGAAAACCGUCUGACAGAUGUCCACAGUGCCAUCGGUAACAUGAAGAGCCUCCGGACCCUGGACUUGUCCAAAAACAGAGUCUCUGUUUUGCCUAAACAACUGUGCAGGAUAAAGACACUAGAGAGCCUACUGGUGGAUGUCAAACAGAUGGUGUACCCUCCCGCAGCAAGUGGGGAAGAGUACACGCCCCCCUCCCACCACCUGCUGCCUGUGCUGGAUGCUGGGACCAGGUCAGAGGUCACACCUCCCCAGACUGACAAACACCUACUCAUACAGCAGGAGUAUGACAAGAGCCUACAG